AUGGUCCAACUCGUGCCGUAUGAGGGUCUCUGGCGCGACUAUUCGGAGGAUGGCCUUGGUCAAUUGAUACUGACGAUUCGUAUACGUUAUGGGGCAUAUCUUAUCUCCGCAAUGACCCUCCUAAUCUCUCUAGCUGGAUCGCGCUUAUGGACUAUUAUGGCUUACGGUCUUCACCAGUCCCGGAUCGGCCACAAGACACGAUUCGACCCAGUCCAGCUCCAGAUCCAGACGCUAUUGCGGAAUAACGUUACGGCUUUCUCGGCCAUGAAUGACGCCUUCUCCUUAUCUCGUGCCUGA